UUGAAUUUCCCAAAUGCCCUUUCUCACACAGGAGUGCAUCUGAUUUUAAUCAUAUGCAUGCUUCACUGUGCAUAGGCAUAAAAUGCCAAGCUAUGGGUAUUCUUCAUGAAAAUUCACUUGAAGAACAAAGUUUGCCUGACAGCACUGUGCAUGCCCUGAAAUCAACUUAAGGCCAGACCAUUUCUAUUCUAUGGGAUGCCUACCUGGGCAAUAGACUUGCAUAGAACCUGUCAUCUAGGGUGAGGAUACUUACAGUCUUAUUCAGAGUGGAGUCUACAUAUAGCCAGUGCAGGAGUGCAACAGGAGGGUCUGAGGAGCUAGGUGCCUUGUUUGAAGAGGGGUAUGUGUGAAUAGUGUACACAGGGAAAGGAAUCAGGCUGGCUGGUGCACCAUUACUAGAGGGGGGAUGUACACCCUAACCCAAAUGAGGUCACAGACUCCUAAUCUAUACCUGAGGCCUGCUUGCUUCCUAUGUGUUUAUGGAAUUGCACACAUAUCUGCAUGGGGCUCUUACCUGGAGUGAUUAGUGGGUGACAUUCCUGGGAAAAGAGGCUGCAGAGCUAGCAAGAGGUGGUUAAAUCUCAGCAAAGGGCAUAGGUUUUGCUCCAGCCACAGAAUUAAAGGACUCACGUGGGAACUAAGGCAGGAUUCAAAUAUUGCAGUUAAGGUAGUAGUUUCACUGAACGCUAACCCUUCUUUAGAAGAAUCCACCCUUGCUGCUUAAGGCUUUCUCUCUUUUGGUAUCCAGGCAAGUGAGGUCUUCCAGAACUUCCUGAAGUCACAGCUCAUGAUGGAAGAGUCCAUCCUGCAGUCAGAUAAAGCCCUCACGGAUGAACAGAAAGCCAGGGCAGAGGAGAGGGCCAAGAAGGAAGCGGCUGAGAGGGAGACGAAGCUAAUGAUGCAGAAACAGAAGGAGCACAAGGAGGCAAUGGAUGCGCACAUCAGAAGCCUGUCAGAAAACAUUUCCCAGCUAGAGAACAAGAUGCAGAGGGAAAAGGACAACUAUCUGAGAGAGCAGGAGAGGGUGCUGGAUCACAAGAUGAAGGCCUUAAGAGAACUACUUCUUGAAGGAGUUGAGGAGAAAUUCGACGAUUUAAGAAGAGAAAUAAAGCUAAUGGAGGAAGAGAUUGAAGCCACGAAAAGCAGCCCAACUCAAAAUAUUCUUGAUAUCGCCGGUAAUAUAUUCGCCGAAGCACUUCCCAUGCUGUGUAAAAUAGGGAUGAAGAUGCUCAGCAAUUAUGUAGCAGGCAAAGACCCCAGUCAAACACAGUACUAAGGCCUCCUGUGUGAUUGCAACACUGUUAUAUAUACCUUCAUAGUGCUUAUGUUAUCAAGGAUCCAUUCAAUAGCAGUUUCAAAUUAAAGAAUGAUCAAAGGACGUCAGAGACCAACAGGUCCUCCACCAAAAAAGUAGAAAUUCAACUAUAAUUUUAUUAUGUAAGUAGAAAUUCUUCAUGAAAAUGAUUUAGCUAAGGUACAAAGUCAAAUAGUCCACCCAUUAUAUCAAAUAGUCUCCCCAACAUUAGUGCCUAAACACAAUCUGGACCAAUACAACAAGAAAUAUGCCGAAGUGAAUAGGAACAAGCCUUUUAGAUCUCUACUUGACAGAUAACUAAGGAAAGCUGCGAGCAGGAGAAAUAGUCUUCCCCAGGGAAGAGCACACCAACUGACUGUCCAGCAGCACAUGGUCAGCCCUGAAAACAUACACACAGGUUACAGUCGUGUACAGACUGAGCACCUUAUGUUUAAGAAUAUAUAUAUAUAUAUGUAUUUGCAUAUGCAUUUACGUAUGCUGUAACAAUUAAUGAAAAAGGGCCAUCAAUUUGAAAGAGACUAGUGUGGGGUUUAUUGGGACGGUUUGGAGGUAUGAAAGGAAAGGGAGAAAAGUUGUAAUUGUAAUUGCAAAAAUUAAAACGGUUAAAAAGGUAAA